AUGGCCGAUAUAUUGCCGGUGGAAGUUCCUGAUGAUUUCACUCGAUGCCGCAACCGAAAUCACACUGGGAAGCUAUGUCCGAUACCAGAUGACUUACGCUUUGCCUAUGGUAGAACUGCUGGAUUCCGUUACAAUUCCGAUAUUUUACCUUUUGUGGUCUUUCGUAUGGGCUAUCUGGCAGGUCUUCGAGCACGAGAGCUGAAUCAAGCAGUUGGCGUAAUGAUUACUGCUAGCCACAAUCCAGCUAAAGAUAACGGUGUCAAGAUUGUGGAUCCCAAAGGAGAAAUGCUCGCCACUGAAUGGGAGAAAUACGCUUCGGAACUUGUGAAUGCUAGUGACGAACAGCUGCCUACGGCUGUCCGAGCUUUGGAAGUUCAAAUAGCGCCAAGAGCUCCACACCCAAACGCUUUGGUGAUAUGUGCUAUGGACUCACGUGAUAGUGGGCCACACCUUAUUGAAGCAGCAAAAGCGGGUGCGGCCCUUAUGGGUGUGGCUUAUGAAAGUCAUGGUGUUCUAACUACGCCGCAGCUUCAUUACAUAGUGAGGUGCAAGAACGAUCCUAGUUUCGGUGAUGCACGGGAAAUUGGAUACUACGCCCGGAUAUCAGACGCGUUUAAGAAACUUCUCAAGAGAAGUCAGAACUAUUCACCUGAUUUGAUACUUGACUGUGCAAACGGUGUUGGUGGUGAGAAGAUGCGAAUGCUGCACCGCUUUCUACCUGACGAUUCGCUAAAUAUCCAGUUCAGAAAUGAGGAUGGCGAACUUAAUCACGAGGUCAGUGGAUUGAUUUUCAAUUUACUUCACUAUCUACUAUGUUGUUACUAUGCAUGUUUUGGUUUCCAUGCAACUGUCAUAAGGGUUUAC